AUGGGAGGAGUAGGGGAGCUUAUUGGAGGGGCUGUUCUAGGAACAUUUUUUAAUGUGCUGUAUGAACGCCUUGAGAAGCUGAUCAUCAAGAAUUUCGAAUAUAAAAAGAUCCUCAUCGACUUCAAGUCAAGUUUAGACUCUUUAAAGCCAGUGAUCGACCAGAUAGAAGAAUACAACAGGGAAUUGGAUCACCCAGAGCAGGAACUGAAAGACCUAAAAGAAGUGAUGAGGAAGGGCAUAGAGCUCGUCGGCAAGUGCUUUGAGGUUCGUGAGUGGUGGCAGUUUCCCGAAAAGAAAAAAUAUGCCAACGAACUUCAUCAGUUGGACAAAUCUCUCCAAGAACUUCUACAGAGGCUGCAUGUGCAGAGCAUAAGGGAUGUGAAGGAGAACUCGGUUUCGGUGAGGAGCAUAAAGAAGGAUCUCAGCCGAAUUGAACCAAUGCUCAGCCGAAUUGAAUCAAGUUUGGUGUUACAAAAUCAAGCUAGGACUGAAGCUUGGUGUGCAGCACCUGAACUUCCGCUGCUUGUAGUUGGGUUGGAUUUUCCUUUGAAGGAAUUGAAGAGGAAGCUUCUUAAUCUUAAAGAUGGGGUGUCAAUGCUUGUUCUGACUGCUCCUGGAGGAUGUGGCAAGACCACUUUGGCAACAACAUUUUGUCAAGAUCAGGAAGUCAAAGAUAUAUUCAGGGACAAUAUCUUCUUUGUCACUGUUUCGAAAAACCCCAACUUGGAAUAUAUUGUAAAGUGGCUGCACCAUUUUCUGAAGGAACAAGGACAAAAUCCUUUACUGUUGGUCCUGGAUGAUGUUUGGUCUGGAUCAGAAUCCCUUCUGGAGAAGUUUGAUCAAUUUAAAAUGCCAAAUUACAAGCUUUUGGUGACAUCGAGGUCUGAAUUUCGGAGAUUUGGCUCUUCAUAUCGUUUACAGUCAUUGGAUUAUGACAAUGCAAUGAAACUUUUUCAUCAUUAUGCAUCUUUGGGAGAUAAGAGCUCUCAUAUUCCAGAAGAUCUUUCAAGACAGAUAGUAGAGCAUUGUAAGGGAUUUCCACUUGCCAUUAAAGUGCAUGGGGGAUCACUUUGCGGACAGCCUAUAGAGAUCUGGACACAGAGAUUAAUUGAAUGGUCUAGAGGUUCUACUGUUCAUGAUUCAGCUGAUGAGUUGCUUCUUUGUCUCCAAAGCAGCUUCGAAGCAUUGGAUAAAGAAAUUAAGAAAUGUUUCUUAGACCUGGGUUUGUUUCCCGAAGACCAAAGAAUCCCUGCUGCUGCCCUCAUUGAUAUAUGGACAGAGUAUUAUGAUCUAGAUGAAGAUGCAGAGUGCAUUGCAAACCUCUACAAGCUCUCCGACCGAAGUCUCGCUAAUCUUGUAGUCAUAAGGAAGGAAAAGGUGGAGAAGGUGGAGAAGGCGGAGAAGGAGGAGAAGAAGGAGAAGGUGGAGAAGAAGGAGGGGAAUCAGUACUACAGUGAACACUUUGUUACCCAACAUGAUAUUCUUAGAGAGCUGGCUAUCUACUACUCAAAACAAGAACCAGUAGAACAGAGAACAAGGCUGAUUUUCGACAUACAUGGUAACAACAAACUUCCCAGUUGGUGGAGAGAACAGAAGCAUCAAGUGAUGAAGGCCCGCCUAUUAUCUAUCUCAACAACUGACAGACUGGUUCCACAAGAACUGCACAACAUGCAAGUACCAGACGUUGAGGUUCUAGUCUUGAAUUUCCAGACAAACAACUAUGCCUUACCCGAAUCUGUGGAGAACAUGGAUAAAUUGAAGGCUUUAAUAGUCACAAAUUCUGGUUUCUUACCUGCUGAGUUAAGCAACUUUCAACUUCUGAGUUCGUUAUCGAAUUUAAAGAGAAUCAGAUUAGAACGCAUCUCAAUUCUUUCCAUAACCAAGAAUCCCAUAGAAUUGAAGAGUCUGCAGAAGAUAUCCUUGUUCAUGUGUAAUAUCGGUCAAGCUUUCAGCAACUGCUCCAUCCCAAUCUCAUCAGCAUUCCCGAAUCUAGAAGAAAUCAACAUUGACUAUUGCGAUGAUCUGGUGGAAUUGCCUGCCGACCUCUGUGAUCUUAUUCAACUAAAGAAGCUCAGCGUCACUAACUGUCAUAAGCUAUCUGCCUUGCCUGAAGAGAUUGGGAAACUGGUCAACUUAGAAGUAUUGAGGCUAAGGUGCUGCACAGACUUGGUAAAACUUCCAGGCUCCAUGGAGUACCUCACUAGGUUACACUUUCUUGACAUAUAUAAAUGUUUCAGCAUUAAGGAAUUGCCUGAAAAGAUUGGUGAAUUGAGUGGUUUAGAAACAAUCAACAUGGGACAAUGCUCAAGAUUGCAAGAGUUGCCUGUAUCAGUUUUGAAUCUUGGGAAGUUACAAGAAGUGAUAUGCGAUGAAGAGACAGAAAUAUUAUGGGGGGAAAUGUUCAAAUCCCGUCUCACAAGGAUAUCGGUGGUAAAAGAAGACUUCAACCUGCAUUGGCUCCACAAAUUUUGA